AGGUUGUCAGCUGCGUUGUUGCUGAUCUGGGUUGGUCUUGCUUGAGCUCUUCCUCCCGGCUCGGGCUGCGCCAUGGCGCCUCCGGAUCUCGUUGACCGGCGUCUGCUCGCGGGCGGCCUCCUCCGCCUCCUGCUCUCGUCCGACUUGUGGGCGGAGCGGGCCUGUUAGUACCGGGGGGAUCCAGUUCGGGGGCUGCGGGCGGCCCAGGAAGAGGAGGAGAUUUAUUGCUUCUGAAUUUUUGUUAGUCUGUCUGCAUGGAAGCUCGUGAGGAUGGUUUGCUAGUUUCAGCAUCAGCAACAGAAUGGUCCUUUUUCUCUCAUCAUAAGUUGUGGUAACCAAUACUGUUCUGGAUUUCCAUAUAGUGAAACACCUGGACUUGCAGUCAUGGCUUCAAGAAGAACAGAUGUUCCUGGUAAAACUAAUUAUCUAAGUAAAUGUGUCAGGUGUAAAAGUGUCUAGUGGUAAUUGUAAUAAAUAACAUCAGGCUCUUUAUUCAAAUCUCCCAAGUAUAUUUGUGUUGUAUUUAUGAAGGUCCAGCUGUACCACACUUAAAUGUAGACACAUAUAAAGAUCUGACUCUGCUCUAGAGAGAAUUGUAAUUGUGCUUCAACAAUGCAUCUGUUGGUGACCUAGCAUCUUAUGGUUGGAGUUGUCCGUUUUCUUCCCUGCUAAUGACCAACAACUGCUAACUAGAUAAUGAUGAAUUAAUUACUAAAUUGAUGGAGUUCUCCCCUGAGAUGAAUUCUUGCAUCUGUUCCUGGAAGUAGUUUUUCAGAUUGCCUUCAGGAUUAUAUAUUUCAUGCUACCAUUACUUGACUUUUAAUUUGCUAUUGAAUUUAUUGAAAUCCGAUGGUUAGUGUGUCUGUUUACCUGAUUAUGAGUGAAAAGGCUGUUUGCCAUUAGUUUGGGAAAGUCAUCUCGGCAGGGAUGGAAAAUUCUUCAGAUCAGAUCCCUAUGAAAUAGAAUGGCCUUCCUAAGUACCUAAACAUUUUCUAGCCUGGUUUUUUUUUAAGUUUGUGUUUUCUGGGGUUAUUCUGUUUGAACAUCAUUUAAUGAAAAGUUGAUUACCUUCCUGGUCCUAAGUGUCUCAUGUGGGAAAAGAUUCUGAAUAAGUGCUUUAGUGCCAGGGCUUGGGUUUUUAGUAAUUCUGGACUAGACAAGUGCUUAAACUAAUAGGCAGUAGACUUGUUUGAGUAACAGUGUUUCUAGGAGCUUUGGCCUAAGAAUUUCUAGCUCUAGUAGCACCUUUAACUCUCUAUUGGUUGAAAUGGAUCAAGUGCAUUGUUUUGAUCAGUGGUGGUGAACCAAUGGCCAAUGGGCUUCCUCCAGUCCACAAAGUCUUCUCCAGUAGCCCCCAAUUCCCUGACCCAGUGUGGUGCUGCUUUGAGAUUGAGGGGGGGGCAUAGUACACUAAUGGAAUUUCAUCUUCAUAGUACUGGGCAGAGAGGUUGAAACUACCCUCACAGCUAUUGUCAAUUUCAUUUUUCAUAUUGCUUGCGGUUUGUGUGUGUGUUCCCUGGUAUGCAUGUAGUGGCUUGUGCACAGGUGCUCUUGCUUGCCUGCUAUAAGGUGGCCAUGCCUAUUUGUGGCAUGUUGCCCUGACGGAGUUGGAAUACGGUGAUGUGGCCUUGGGCCUGAAAGAAAGAGUUAGUUACAUCACAAUGUUCUAAAAUCCUGUGAUACUGAUGCUAGAAGAUCAUCUUAAUGAAAUAAGUGCUAAUGUGAUCUGUACUACUUGCUUGUAUAAAGUUGACAUUCUAAAAGUGCAGCCUACUGUGAAAUUUCCAUCUCUGUCCUUAGCCAUUGAGCAUGGCUCUGGAGGCUUUCUAGGAAAGAUGUCCCAACCCAUUGGAAUGAACCGUCGGACAUUCAGUUAUGAUGAUGCCCUUGAGGAUACAGCACCAAUGACUCCUCCUCCUCCUAAUAUGUCCACCAAUAUCCUGUGGAAACGGCCAGUCGUCCCAGAACGCAAAUAUGAAGAUAUUUCCAAGGAUGAGGAAGGGGAGACUAGCAUGCAUCUAUCUGCCAUUACCCCCUCAUCUUCCACUGAGACUGUGAACAAGGUUCCAGUAGUGAAGGCCAAGGCCACCCACAUCAUCAUGAAUUCUCUCAUCACAAAGCAAACUCAGGAGAGCAUUCAACGCUUUGAGCAGCAGGCAGGGUUGAGAGAUGCCGGAUACACUCCCCACAAAGGCCUCACAGCAGAGGAGACUAAAUACCAUCGUGUGGCUGAGUCACUCCAUAACCUAAAGAUGCAAAGUGGAGAGAUGGCAAAAGAAGAUAAACAGGCCUCUUCCGCCCAGUCCACUCCAAGCAGCACUCCCCAUUCCUCUCCCAAGCGCACAUACAGGGGUUGGUUUAGUCAGGGGUCCUCCGCAUCCAUCACGGGUCCUGAGCUUGCUGCCAUGGAUUCCGGUGGUGGGGAUGGCGAUAAAGUACCGUCUGAAAAAUGGAGCUUCUUUGGACCUAGAGCUCUUCAAAAACACACUGAUUCAGGGGGCUUUACUGUCCAGGCCUAUAAGGGUGCCCAGAAACCAACCCCAAUGGAACUAAUGCGUGCCCAUGCCACCAGGAUGGCAGAGGACCCUGCAACUUUCAAGCCUCCCAAGAUGGAUAUUCCAGCUAUGGAUGAAAAGAAGCGGCCCCCAAGUUCUCAUAACCUCAGACCCCGGGACAUGAAUGUGCUUACUCCUACUGGGUUCUAGGAACACCUCCACUUAAAAGACAGGAUGAUCUUGAAAUCUGAAUGGACUACAUUGUCUUAGGGUGUCUUUCACAUUCCACACAUACAGUUGACAUAGGAAGGUCUCUUCUAGGUCAGAGUUACAGACAGUGGUGAAACAAGAUUUGGGCAACUUUCUGAAUUUCUUGCUCUUUUUUCCUUCCAAAGGUCUCUUAUGCAGCACAAAAAUUAUAACUAUCCUGCCAGCAGAGUUCUGACAUCCAGUUCUGUGCUUCUCAGAAUACCUAAGUGUUAUAAA